AUGUCGCCAUCAGCAGCUCCCCCGUCGCCCAAGGAAAUCCAGCGCAAACUAUCAGUUCACUCACCUUCGAAUGUAUCGAUAUCCGCCAUCUCGGGAACAGAGUCAGAUUCAGAUUCGAUGUACGCGCAAGAGGUUCCGGUGUUGACCCCGUCGAGCUACACAGGGCCUGGCAUCCACGGCAAUGCGCAACCGCUGUCUUCGAUUGCUGAGCGUAGGUCGGGAAGCGGGGAAGACUCGGAGGACGAGGACGACGAUGAGGAUGACUUUCGGGCAGAUGAUGAUACAAGAGAAUCGUUGCCAAGAGGCUCGGUGGACGAAACCGUCAUCAAGACCGGGUACUUAUGGAAAAAGGGAGAGCGCCGAAAGACGUGGAAGAAGCGUUGGUUCGUUCUGAGACCAGCGCACCUAGCGUACUACAAGACCUCCGCUGAAUACAAGUUACUUCGUCUUGUCGAGCUCUCAGAGGUCCACUCGUGCACCACCGUUGCCCUCAAGAAGCACGAAAACACCUUCGUUUUAGUCUCGCAAUCACGCACUUACUACCUGCAAGCGCAAUCCCAGUCUGAAGUCGAGGGAUGGAUAAGUGCUGUUGAGGAUGCACGUCAAACGCUCUUGGCCACUUCGACCCAGACAUCCAUUACCAGUCCGAUCCCCAUACCAGGUUCGAGGAUGCAGUCGUCUCCGAGACCCUAUCCCAUCGCUAUUACCCCAUCACCCCCCAAUCCAUCGUACAUGCAACAGAACAUCACUUCGUCUGAUUCGGAGGAUGCAUCCCCUAGAGCGCAGCGAACGGUCUCCAUCUCGUCGCAGCAGCCACAGACACCCACAAUUGCUACAUCUCAAUCCCCGAACUCAAAGUCUCUGCCAGCUGACCGGGCGAAGAUGAUACUAUCGGGAUACCUCAUGAAAUGUGACUCUAAACGCAGGAACUGGAGAAAGCGAUGGUUUAUCCUCACUGGUGAGAAGCUGAUGUAUACGGGCAGCCACAUGGACUCUAAACCUCAUCGUCAAUUCCCCCACGAACAAAUCCUCGAUGCCCUCGAGUGCGACUUCCCUGCGCGAGGGACUAAUAUCAUGUCCCCCAUCAGCACCACCCCAGCUUCAUUCACUUCCUCCAUGCCCGACAUGGACAGCGACUCCCAUACCUUCAAAAUCGUCACUACCAAGCGCACCCUCCUUCUGUGUGCUCCGAGCGAGGAUGACGAAAUCAAGUGGCUUGGCGCUGUCCAUGCGCUCAUCGCUCGUCGAUCGGGUGCCAUCCCCAUGAACCCAUCCAACUCCGUUGGGGGAGGCCCAAAUCCCAAUGUAACCAGCAUAAGCGCGAGCCCCGAAGGCAGCAACCCCGCGAAUACUGCCCAUCAGGCGAGCGCUUCUGGGGGUUCCGGAAUUUCUGCCUCCGGCGGGAGCAGUGGCGGUGGAAGCGGGGGGAUCAAAGCCAAACCUAGAAGGUUGAGCGCUGCGAGUGGAAGCGGGCCUGAUAGAGGCACCACUGAUCGGGAGUGA